GUAUCAUAAAAAUUGGAAUUUGAUUCGAUGAGAUAACAUUGAUUUGUUCAUCUGAACCAUUUUAGAUACACCUUUUCGUCAAGUAUAUCUAUACCACUUUAUUUGGCCAUCGUAUUGCUUUACAAAUUUUUCGAGUGUCAGGAUAUCUGUGAGAAACUACAAUUACAGCACCAUAAGAAAGUAAUUUUUGAGAAUGGUUCAUAUCAAUAUUCUCAUCAUUACAAUUACUCAAUGAGAAUCAGUCUUAAUCAGUCUCAUUCAGUAGUGAAUGGCACUUUCAAUAAAUAUCUUAAUGUUCAAAGUAUAAUACCAAAAUUCUCGUUUCAAAUUUACGAUAACAACGUCACAGAAUAUGAAGUUGGCUAUAAGGGUGAUACACAUCAUAUUACCAUGGACGAAACGCUCGAUACGAAAGUCCGCCGUGGAUAUAUACAAAUUUCGAUACCAGGCAGUUUAAAUCAUGAAUAUGAUAUUCUGAAUGAGAGU